UGUGUAAUUUGUUCCUCUGAACUACGGUUACAUGGGAAAGCACUAGUUGUGAGGAUACGCUGUAAUCUCCAUGGAAACCACUUUUUUUUUUAAUAUCAAAGCCUAAUGCAGCCUCAGCAGAGAGCCAAAGCGUCCACAUACCGGUAGGUCGCUCACAAUGCUGUCUAAUUUGGAACCUUUUGGAAGCUGCCCACGCAAUUUCCGGUGGAAAUUUCCACAGCAGGAAGUUAACGUUACUUUGCGACGUAUCUGUGAAGGAUCAAACAUUCGGAGCAUUCAAGUGACUUGGACAAGUGGAUGCACUUUGCAUUCCGUGCAUUCCAAUUCAGAAAAUGGAAUUGAACACAACCCUCACCUUGACUUUCAAAAUUGCUGGAUCGCACACCUCUGUUUUAGGUAGUGAUGGGUACAAUCCUACAAGGACGAGGCUGGAGUUGGUUGUGGCACCCCCGCAGUUGUCGAAAAGAAAGGGAAAAAAAGAAAAAUCAUAGCCCCCGGGGAACAAUGAGCCUUGCUUUCUGGCAGCGGUGGUUCUCCUAUCCGGGCUGCACCUCUUGCUCGCAUCUCUUCUCUCAGGCAGCAUGUCUCCCAGGAAGCAUUUGCAUCUGUAAUGACUCGAUAGCAGAGCCCCAGAUGAAACGCGGCGGCCGUCUGUGAAUGGAACUCCCCCACAAGCUGCUCUGACAGAUAGACAGGAUGAAGCUCGCUGAAGAUGUCGGCCUUCUUGCCGUGUAGUCCUCCAAUUGAGAACAGUUCAAAAUAGCGGUGCAGAUGUGUCAGGCCAUGAGCGGAAUACUGAAAAGGAAAUUCGAGGAGGUAGAAGCCUCCUCCUCCCCGUGCUCUUCCUUGAGGGAGUCUGAUGAUGAGGUAUCCUGCAGCGAGAGCGGGGACAGCAGUGACAGCGUCAAUCCGUCCACCUCUGCCCCUUUCACCCCAGCGGGCUCCAUCCUGAAGCGAGAGAAGCGCCUGUGCACGAGGAGGGUGCACUUUGAGAAGGUGACCGUGUACUACUUCAGCAGGAGGCAAGGCUUCACUAGCGUGCCAAGCCAGGGCGGUAGCACGCUGGGCAUGUCCAACAGGCACAGCUGGGUCAGGCAGUACUCCCUCGGCGAGUUUGCCAUGGAGCAGGAGAGGCUCCACAGGGACAUGCUGAGGGACCAUCUCAAGGAGGAGAAACUCAACUCCAUCAAACUCAAGCUUACCAAGAACGGAACAGUCGAGUCCGAUGAGGCCAACACUCUCACUGCCGAGGACAUUUCCGACGACGACAUCGACCUGGACAACACGGAGGUGGAUGAGUACUUCUUCCUGCAGCCGCUCACCACUAAAAAGCGACGGGCCCUGCUCCGUACGUCCGGAGUCAAGAAGAUCGACGUGGAAGAGAAACAUGAACUUCGGGCCAUUCGUAUGUCCAGAGAGGACUGCGGCUGUGAUUGUAGAGUCUUCUGUGAGCCAGAGACCUGCGCCUGCAGCAAUGCGGGGAUCAAGUGCCAGGUAGACCGCAUGUCAUUUCCAUGUGGCUGCACAAAAGAAGGCUGCAGCAAUUCGAGUGGCAGAGUGGAGUUCAACCCCAUCCGCGUUCGGACCCAUUUCCUGCACACCAUAAUGAAGCUGGAGCUGGAGAAGAGUCGUGAGCAGGAGCAAGCUUCCCCCGCCAACGGUUACCACGGCAACGAGGCAGUCGGCUCCAACCCCCUGGUUCAGUCUCAGCACAGGUUGGACUACGCUUUGCCCGACGCCGUCCCCCAAAGCGCCGGCGUGCACCUGCAGACAGCCGGCGAGAUGGACGAGCCGCUGGAGGACGAGGAAGAGGAUGAGGAGGAUGACGAUGACGAAGAAGAGGACAACGAAGACGAGGAGGACAGCAGCAGCGUUUUCAGCGGCCUCUCGGACUCCAGCACUCAGAGUUUAGCCAACAGCGAGUCGGAGGACGAGGAAGACGAAGACGAGGAUGAGGACAGGUCGGAGAAUUUGUGUCACACAGAGGUGGUCCCCUUGGCCUCGGUGCUGUGUUACGGCGACGAUGACAACCACGUGAACGGGAACGCAUAUUUAAUUAACUCCCCCUCAGCCGAGUACUAUCAGCUCGGGAAUUCUGGCCCCGCCCCCGGUGGCCCGAGUAGCCAAUCGGGCGAACCCUACGGGGAAGCCUUAGCAUUCCAAGAGCCAAUCAGCGGCAGCCAAACCCAGGGCGCCUUCCCCAAUCAGCCAGUGGAACAAUACUCUACGAAUUUUAACUUGGGCGGAAACGGACCGGUAGCCGCGAUGAACCACUACGCCAACGAACGUGACAAGCAGCUAACGUCCAAAGCGGACUUUGCGGAUCCGCCCGAGAACCAGUUUCAGAACUAUCUGAACAAUAACGCCCACGCUCCGUUCAGCACUCACGGCUCAUGCGCGACAGCCGAGCCGCCGCAGCAGCAGCAGUCCAAUGUGAACAGACACGCCGACUUGAACUUACUCGCGACGAGUACCAAGAAUCUGUCUUUACCGGCCGUGUAGAAGGUGCUGCACGUUUGAAUCGAGGCACCUGUCAACUUUUCUUGUUUGUCGAAGACGUUUCACCUUUAAUCCGAAAGGCUUCAACAUUUUCAGUGGGGGGGGGGGGGGGGGUCUCCCAGGGGUGGGGAGUGCAGUGACCUUGAAGGUUCAAAUCUACAGACUUGUAAACAAUUAAAAAUCAAUUUGUACUUUCUUAUGAGCUCUCAGAAUUGAGGGCACACAUUAAAAAAUAUUUUGGUCUUACAUUUUAGGUUUACACUCAAAUAAAGGAAGAUGGACCAUGAAUUAAUAUGAAAGACAGUUUGUUAACCUACUUAGAGUUGUUAGCUUAUUUCCGAUUUGAAGUCUUCAAAGCGUUGGCUCUGAUAACUUGACAAAAUGUUACAAGUCUGGCGUAAACAAUCAGUCUUUAAAUCAGAAUACACAAUAAGAAUGCACACAAAUCUGUGGCAAUCUUUAAACAUGGACUACCCUGCCAUUUUCUAGACACUAUACAUCUACGUAAAUAUGCGCUUUACCAAUUGUUCUUCAAAGUCUGCGUUCCUGUAUUUGAUUUAUGCAUGGUUUUUAAAAUGUUUUCUAAUUUUUUUUUUUUUUACAACUCGAUACGUAACAUGUUUUCUAAAAAUCUUGCACACAAGAAAUACACCAAUUAUUUCCUAAACACUGCCGCCUUCGUGAUCUGAAAAUCAUAUUCUACUACAUUGGGAUGUUGAUUUGAAUUCACUUAAUUGUUCAACUCUCAUGCUCACGAAGCAAUAUUGAGUUAAGCUGAAUUGAGACAACCCCCUCCCCCCCAAAAAGAUUCUCAUUCCAUGACGGAGUGGCCUGAGCGAGUGGUUUAGCCAGGCGCGCAAACUUCCAAUUAGCAACAAUACCACCUCACCACCUCGAUCGAACCCAGGAAGAAAUAAUGAGACUCCACAUCGAAAAUAUUGUCUUUAAAAAAAGAUUCAGAUAAAAGGUGAAUCGUCUUCAACCAAAAAAAAAAAAAAGUUCAAUGCUUAACAUGAUCCGGAAGACUGAAAUUCAACAUGGCCUUUUUUCUUUUUUUUUUUUUUUUUUAAAGUUAGGAGCACAUUGGAUUCAUGGCCUUUUGCAUCAUCCGAACUUGAAUUUCAAAAGGAUCACAGAUCACAGCACCGUGGCUCAUUUUCAUUGCUGACAGCACGGGUUUCAUCGUAGGAAUGUUUCGGAGGCCUCGCACACACCGUAUCGACGUCAACGCGGUUCAAAGCUCAAAUAUGUCACGCUGUGCAAUGUAAUUUCAGAUGUAAAGUUCUAGUUUUGAGCAAAUAUUGUACUGUAGAUGGAACUUUUAUAUGUCUAUCGUGUGUGUGUCAAAAUGUGUGCAAAAAAAAAAAUACUGACCGUCAAGUUAUUUAUUGUUUAGGAAGUAUAUGUGCAUUAUAAUUAUAUAUUGUAAAAGUUUUGAUAAUAGGCAUGCUCUUUUGGGAAUUGCAGCAGUAUUUAAGGGGAACAAAAAAAAGAUAUUGUUUUAUACAAAACAAAAAUAAAUGUGCUUGUUUUUUUCCUUAUUAAAUGAUAUGCUUUUCUAUGGUUGGAAAAGCAUGAAAACGUUUUCAAUUGUCAUUGGUCAGAUUGUGACCUUUGGGAUUGAAGUGUUGGUGGUCCAUUGGAUGCCACAGUUUUGUUUUUUUAAUCGAUACUUGAAUGGCGAAAAAGAGUCGCCGCAUUAAAGUGUUUCAUUAAUACAGGGAUAUUAAAUAGCACUUUGAAAUGUCUCCAAAAAGCUCUGAUUUAAAUUCAUGCUGACCCCAACCGCUAAAUAUCGAACAAAAUUAAUGUGAUAUCUUUUUUGGGGUUUUUUUUCUCUCUUGUGGUUUGAAUGCUGUACAAACAUUCCUGUCUGGUUGUUUAUAUGAAUGAGGUUUAUUUAAGAUGAUCCAUUAAAUGAGGUUGUUGUGUGCAAUAGUUAUCUACAAAUUUAUUCCACUAAUUUCAACAUAGCAUUUUUCCCCCUUAUAAUUGCCAUUGCAUACAUUAAAAAUGGAUGACAAUCACAGAUUGAUAUUUGAUGAUCAUAACUGAGUCAUUGAAAAUGACGACGUGGAGAAAUUGCAAAAUAAGCACUUAAAAUCUCAAAUGAAACAACUCGGCUGCUAAUGGAGGAUUUUUUUUUCUCUUUUUUUUUUAAGUGGUUAUAAGUUUGGACCUCACAUGUGCAGAAUGCUUUCGGGCAAUGGAGGGAAUCAAUAGUGCUGAUUAAUUUUGCCAAAGCAUACAGUACAGUGUGAGGGUGAGAUGAUGUUGCAUCCAGUCAAGAAUUCACCCCCACCCCCACCCGCACCCCCUUAGUAUUUAUGAAUGACAUAUUGAAACGUGUAUUUAUUGUGGUCAGUCAGUAUUGAGUAAAUUGCUUCAGUAUUUUUAAAAUUGUCCAUUUUUAAAUGCUGAUUGUGAGUUGUAAAAGCUUCAUGUGCCUGAUUUCUUUUUCAUUUUGGGAUUUUGUGAAAUGCAUACGUUUUGCACAAAGUGACUUUUUUCCCCUAUGUGUUUUUUUUAAUCUGUAGAUAGAAUUAGUUUUCAUUUUUACAUGGUUUUGAAAUAAAUGUCAUUUGGUCUUCAUGA